AUGGACGUGGAGUAUGGAGGUUCGAGGAGCUUCAGCGCAUACAUGCAGCGAAAGGAGGAACAAACACCACUGAGUUACAACAAAAAAUAUAGCGCAGAGAUAGAGCAAGCGGAAGAAAAAUAUAAGAAGGAUAACCGGGAAGAUUCGAGGAGCAUCCGCCCGCUGUUUACCAACUGUAAUUUCUACAUUGACGAUUUUGUAAGUCUCUACUCAAUUUACAACACGUGUGAUAAGGACCAUAACAAGGAUGAAGAGGGGGAGGGGGAAAGGGAAACGGACAGGGAGAGCCCUUCCCAGAGGACAACUCUGCACAAGGGCGAGGAGGAACACAAAGUGGACCCCCACAACGAAUGGAAUAAUUUCACGAACCAUGUGGAGGACAAAACAGUAGAUAGGUACUACAGCAACCUGAACAGUCAGGUGAAUUGUAGUACGCCCUAUAACAAGGGCGACUUGAAUGGUGAGAAUAAUUAUGCUAAUUUUUGGGGUAGUGACUUUGAAGGGACAAAAUUGACCAAGCUGCAGGAUCGCCCCAUGGAUGAAGCAGACGUGAGUUUAGACAGGACCCCAACAAAAAGCACCCACUACGAUUUGGCACAAACUUCGGAAAAUAAUCCUACAAGUAGGGAAAUAAACAAAUUUGAUACCUUCGUGAAAAGGUACGAAACAGUGCAGACGAGCAAGCGAAAUGUCCAAGCUUCCUACAUUAACAAAAAAGAACAGAUAGAAAUAAUGAUUGUACAAAAUGGGGGCGUUUUACAUAAUGCCUUAACAAGCAAAGUGACUCACAUAAUUAGCAACAAUAUGGCAUUAGGAUCAAAGAAAUACAUGGAUUAUAAAAAGGCAGUUAAAAAGUCGAAAAUUUUUAUAGUGGUAGAUAAGUACAUUUUCGAUUGCGUCAAAUUUCAGUGCAGAUUUCCCGAACAGUCCUACUUACCUUCACUGCUACGUUAUAACAGUAGACAAAUAACUGAAUUUUUUCCCUUCAAGAAGAGGAGGAAAUGCACCAUUGGGGAGGUGCCUUCGUUAGAUGCUUCCAAUAUGCGUACACAAAAUUGUACCCCCCUUUCGGAUAACCACCAGGAGCGAAACGACUCUACACUGGCAGAUUCUCCGGAGAAGGGUCUAAUGGGUGAUGACUCCAUUUCAGGGAAGACACUGAGGGACCGCAUACCCAUCGAUAAACACCUGCUAAUGCUAAACAUGCAAAUGAGUUAUGAAAAUUUAAAGAAGUAUCUCGUGUGUAAUUCCUCUGAGUACUUCAAAAGGCUGCGCGUAAUUUACCAGAAGAAGGAGUUAGAGGAAAACGCCUUCCCCAAUGUGGGUCCCAAUUUGUACAUUAACAGGAACACGUUUGAAGACUUCUCGAGGAAGCAUAGAAUAUGGAGUCACCUAAGUGAAGAGGAAAUUAACUGGAUAAAAAAAAAGAGCCAGCUGAAUAUAAAUAUAAAGAACGUAUGGGAAAAUGACAUGAUUCAUCUUUUUUUCGACAUUGUGUUGAGGGGGAAGGAUAAUGAGGAAGUGGGUGCUCCGGUAGGGUGUAGAGCACGUGGGGAGGAGCAAACCGAGCGGUUGCCCUGUAAAAGUGAGGAUGUUAGCAGUGCAGGAGGAAGUGCAAAUGGCCAUAACAACCCCGUCGGUGGAGGAUGCCCCUCGGAAAAACUAAUCGAUAGCGUGAACGCCUACCUACACAAGUCCAGACUUUACAUCCUGGGAAACUGGAAAUACAUAAGUCGUGAGUUUUUUAAAUUUGAAGACAUAAAUGAGAAGGACAAGCGCAAGUGCGUCUACCUCUACAUUGACUUCGACAACUAUUUCCUAAGUGCAAGUGUCAAGAGCGCAUGUGAGCAGUAUGGUAAGAACAAAAAAAUAGGAAACAACGAAAUAUUAUGUGUAUGUCACAGCUUGAAGAAGGAAGAAAGUUAUAGUAUUAUAAGUGCUACCAACUAUUGGGGGAAGAAAAAUAAAAUCCUCAAGGGGAUGGUCAAAUGGGAAGUCACAAAUAUGCAUAAAGAAAACAUACAUUUUGUGAAGUAUGAUUUUUCCAACAUUUUAAGGUGCAGUUAUUUGUUCCUACUCGUCCUGAUUAACUACUCAAAAAAUGUAAGGGUACUAUCAGUCGAUGAAUCCAUCGUCCAAUUAUUUUACGAAAAGGAGGAAGACAUGUUUCUAACGGCUAAACAGAUAGCGGAAGAUAUUUACAACUUAACCAACCUUAGUGUGUCUAUAGGAAUUUCUUCCAACUUGCCAAUGUCUAGGAAAGCUCUAAAGUUUUGCAAAAAACGGUUUUUAUUUUUUGAUUAUUACCAUCAUUUUUGUAUAUUCAUUAUGGGGAAGUAUUUCCUCGGGGGGGGAACAAAGGGCGACAUAAACCGUGAGGAAAAUCUACACAGUGUCACUUCGGAACGUAAUUUUAAUAAUGGAGGGGCACAUACCGGACGGGGGGAUGAUCUAGUGAAGGAAGAGAAUUACACCACUGAGGGACACCAAGCCCAGAAUGCCCCAUUCAAGUGGGAAAAUUUGGAAAAUCUGUUCGAUGAGUAUAUCGCCUCGGCAGGCAACCAGGUUAAUGCAACUUCUGAUGCGGCCACCUGCAACCUUUCCGAUGCGUACUUCCUCAACGCCAUGAAGGAGAAAAGGGAUCCACGGGUGGACUCCAUUUUUAACAAAUUCGUCCAAGCGAAUCGAGCCAACUUGGAACACAUAACGAACACCUUCUUCGACCGGGUCAUCCACCCGAUAAGUAAAUUUUUUUUUUUCUACAAAAAGAAGGAACACUACUUGGACGUAUUAAGACAGUUAAAUUAUUUAAGUGGUCAGUUUAUUCAUUUCAACAUUUAUCAUUUGCCUGUGGAUGAGAAAGCGCCUUUCUUGCCUGUCUUACCUGUCUUACCUGUCCUACCAUGUGAUGACCUCUCGGAAGACCUUUUAAAAAAAUUAAAAAAAAAAGACAAUGACCGAAUGGAAGGAAAAAAGAGCAUAAAUAUAAGCGUGAACUAUGGAGUACGCUUCCAAAACAUUAACGAUUUUUAUUUUCUCAUUUAUUUUAUGACAAAACAGUUGUAUAUAAGACUACGGAUUAAUAAGCUCAAAGCGAAGAGUUUACAUGUGCAUUAUUUUCUCACGGAGGAAGAAGAAAAUGUGGAUCCGCUGAAAUAUUUGGGAAGGGGAAGGGUCGGCAGGGUGAGCAGCAGAAUUAAUUUGAGCCAUUACACGGACAGUUUUUUUGUAUAUUUUUUCAAAGUUAUUUACACUUUUGAUGCCUUGGCUAGCAGCUUGAGAGACCUCAGGGGCGUCCAAAUUGUUUGCUCCGACGUUGUUAGCGCCGACGCGAUGCACGCAUUUGGCAGUAGGAGCAUUUUGUUCUACUUCCCCGUGGGGGGGAAGGAAAACAUGAAGAAAGUGCAAGAGGCCAAGCUAGAACCAGCUGAAGGGGUCAAAGCCGUCGAACCCAACAUGCGGGACGAACAAGUUCAUCCCGCCCGGGAGAAGAGGGCAACGCAUGUCCUGCGUCAGCAUCGCUGUGGCCGUGGUGGAAAAUCAAAACCCAGGAACCCCCUCCCCCUGAUGAAUAAAAUCCGCGCGAAAAGCAUCCUUUGCUACUUUUUCAACACGAAAAAGGAGGCAGAGGUGGAGAAGAAGGUCGACAUAUCGAGCGAAAAAUGUGUCCCUUUUUCAUUUAAAAGUGGAGCAAAAAAAAUAAAAAAAAUUAAUAAAAGGAUUAAGAAUAAUGGCAGUGUGAGAAGGACGACGAAACCUUUACCACCCAGUAGCUGCAAAAUGAUCAGGAAAAUAAAAACAACAAAAAAUUAUAAAAUACUCGACUUCUUCCCGAGUAUUUUCUUAAAGCGAGGAAGACAAAGCAGUACCACUACUGGACACAAUGAUCAUAUGACCAAAUGGAUAGACCGAAAUGCGCUAACAAACGACAAGAACAUAUUCGAUAGUAUAAUUAACAAAAGGGUGAAGAAGGAGGUCCAUGUUAAGGAGGAAUCCAAUUGCUGUUACGUUAGUUAUAGGAACAUCCUUCAGGCAGUGAUAGAAAAACAGAAAGGUCUAUCCACCAUGUGUGACAGUCAGUAUGUGUGUGCAAACGAAUCCGUGAAUGAUACCAUUUUUUGCCACUCCAACAUUAUUCUCUCCCUCUAUGCAAUGAAUAGAGAAAGCGAAAAAGGUAUCCUUUACAGCUAUACCAAGGAAAUAAUUUUUUCCUACAUUUCCCAUUUUAACAAUUUAUUCCAAAAUCACAACUGCAGAAAUGAUGUAACCGAUAGGUAUUACCUCCUGAAAUUCGUUGCUGCCGUUGUGGACACCUUAUGUGAGGAGUUGCACCGUAGGAGGCUUCUCGACGUGCUUCACAAAUUUUUGAAAAACUUUAAACAUGUUUGGUGCUUGAGCUGUAGCCAAGAUGGAAGAGAGAAGGGAUCCUUCCCAACGCUAUUUCACCGAAUUAUGGCGAAAUACGGCGUGUGUUAG